UCCGGCAGGUGACGUCACCGAGCCCGCACCGUGUUUAUUCCGAGGCUUUUGAGCCGUAGCUGCCAACUGGAGCUGAGCCUGGUGUUUAAAAAUGCUCUGAUUUUUUUUAUUUAUUUUUUUAACAGCUGGCAGGUUGGGAGGACAGAGAUGGCGGUGUGUGCACUGACCAUGCUGGAGGGCGUGGAAGACGAAGUGGUGGCCGCAGGCGGCGCGCUGCUCCUGGCCCUGGCGCUCGUCCUGGCUUGGCUUUCUACCCACGUGGCGGACCGGGGAGACCACAUCCUGGGCACCAUCCUCACCGUGGGCGCUCACGCCUCUUUGAUAGGGCUGGGAGCCCACGACAACUACGCCGCUGGCCCCAACGGUGCGGACGCCCCCGAGCAGCAGGCCGCCCAGCCGUCACAGGAGAACAAGCCGGACGACGCAGAGCCCGCCAACGAGAGGGUAGACAACGACGGUGAGGGGGCCGAGGACAUCUGGACCGACCUGCGGCUGGACAUCCAGAGCAAACAGCCCCAGGCCGGGACGCUCUUCGUACAUUCCUCCGAUGGAGAGGAGGACGAGGAGAACGAGGACGAGGAGGCGGAGCUAAAAGGGGCGGAAAAAGGGCCCGCCAAGGCCGUUCAGAGCUCCACCGGCCCGCGUGCUUCUUCCACAAACACUUCCAUCUCCGUCCGGCUGAAGUUCUUGAACGACACGGAGGAGGUUGCUGUCGUAGAGCCAGAAGAUACAGUGGGACUACUGAAAAGCAAAUGUUUUUCCGGACGGGAGCAUCAGGUGAAGCUAAUCUACCGAGGCCAGUUGCUGCAGGACCCCAAGAAGACGCUGUUUUCCCUCAACAUCACCGACAACAGCGUCAUCCACUGCCACGUCUCCCAGGCCGUGCAAGGACCCAGCCCAGAGGAAGGAGCGCAGCCCGGCGCCGGCGGACCCGCAGCCGGGCCCGGGGUGUCCGGUGGCUUCAGGGCGGCCAGCGUGGCCAUCAGCACCAGCAGCCUGGUGGUGCCGGUGUUCGUGGUGAUCCUGGCCGUGGUCUGGUACUUCCGCAUCAACUACAGGCAGUUCUUCACCGCCCCCGCGACCAUCUCCCUCGUUGGAGUCACUGUGUUUUUUAGCUUCCUGAUAUUUGGGAUGCACAGCCGCUGAGACGACGAGGGGACGCGGCAUCAGGUGAGAUCGGAACCACUGCAGCAGCAGAGAUGGACCAAUCCAAAAUAAAUAAAAAAACACAGCUGCCCGACUCCAGGGCUGCGGCUGCUUAGCGUUUGGGAGCAAGGUGGAAUCUGUUUGAAGACGUACAAAAAAGAAGAAGAAGAAGAAAAAAAGGGACGCUGGUUUAAGCCCAGCGAAUCGAACUGGAGCGUUAUUUAGCAGCGACCUCCACCUUCUAACACUCUGGCUUCCAUCCUGUGUCGUCUUUUGUUGGCAGAUUCACGGAUCUAUCUAGUUUGUUACUCUUAUUUUCAGAGGGGAAAAAAAAAAAAGUCUUGUUUCAAAGAAAAAGUAAGUUGUAAAAACACUGUUGCGCUUUACCGGUUUGCCUCGUGUGUUCUAGCGUUAGAAGGAACGAGGCUUUCUGUGGCUGGACACAAACCGAGACGUCUGCUAGGCUCGUCUUCUGAAGAGAGACUGUACAUAUGUUGUGUUUUUCUGUAAAUAGAUCUGAUGAAACUACAUCUGGCACUUACAGACUCGCAGCGGGGCAUUCCUCCAGAUUAAUACCGGACUUGUCUUGCUUCAGCUGUAUCUAGAAUUAAAGAAUUUCCAGCCAAGUCA